AUGUCUUUUCAGAUCAAUUGGGAGGCUAUCGAAAAGCAGUCUUUCUCGUCGUACACGCGGGAGCUGCUCAACGAAGCCCUUAAUUCGGGAAAGAGACCCAAUAUUCUGUCGUCCGACAUCAAAAUUGUCGACCUCAACUUUGGGCACAUCUCGCCAGAGUUCGAGAUCCUUGAAAUCGGCGACCUGGCUCCGGACCGGUUCAGGGGCAUCUUCAAGUUCAAGUACGACGGCGAUGCGUCUGUGACGGUCAACACAAAGGUCAGCGCCAGUCCACUGAAAAUAUACAACAACAACAUCUACGACGACCUGGUGGAGAAAAACAAGACGUAUGCGAGAGACUGCAAACAGCUGGCCGAGUUUGUAAGUCCGCGGUUCAACGGUUCCGAUUGCAACUUUGAUAUUCCGUUGAACUUGACACUGGGAAAGUUCAAGUUGAGCUCAAUCAUCAUCAUUGUUUUCAACAAAACAAAGGGACUCACGCUGGUGUUCAAGAACGAUCCGCUCGAAUCCAUAGAGGUCAGCUCCACGUUCGACCGGAUCAAGCCGAUCGCCAAAUUCCUGCAGAAGACCAUCGAAACGCAGAUUAGCGAGCUGUUCAAGGAGUUUCUGCCCAGCUAUCUCUACAAGUUUAGUCUCAAGUACACCACACAGUCUCUUCUGCAAUUUCACCAGGACUUGCUCAAUGAGGAGCAGGAUCUCCAGGAGAAGCGCGUUCUGCUGAAGGAUGUCGAUCCGGAGUUCCCGCUGCGUAUUUCUCCGGGCAGUCUGAUGCGUCUUACCAGAAUCGCCAGCUCGAGACAGACGCUUGCUUUGGGCGGCUUGCUCUCUUGUGACCGCAUGAACGACGAUGUCGUUACCAAGAGUUUCGCUAACGCCAUUCUGGCUGCAAGCAACACCCUGAGCUGGAAUCGAAUUCAUUUGAGCAACACCGACAUGCAGUUCGGAUCUAUGGGCGGCAAACUGGAAGUUAUCAAAGACUUCCAGUCCAGGUCCUUCUUCAAGAACUCCCACGACGGCGUGAAACCGAAGAGGAGAGUCAUCAAGCUGAACAAGUCCAAACAGUCUCCGCCACCGGAAGAAUCGUUAGCAGAAUCUACCGAGGAAUCCAUUCCAAUGUCCGAAAGCAGUCCGCCAUCUACAGCUUCUACGUUGGUUGAGGAGACUGUGGAGAAACCUCCCGAAACUCCAGCGUUCCCGAACAACAACUAUCUGUCAUCGCUGCAAUUCAAACUGGCCAAGAAGUCAGAGCCGGGACCCCCAACUGCUUUCAAAGUGCCAGAAAAGCCCACGCAUCACAUCGACCAGCUUGAGCACCUCAAGAUCCAGUCUCGCAGGCUCAAGCUGGAAAAACUGCUGGCCAACCACCACACAACGACGCCUUUUUACGACUCGCCGCCUCCAUAUUCUGUAUAG